AAAUUUCAGAUGACACGUAAACGCAGAAAUGACAGCUCAAGUGGUUCAGAGAAGUCGCACCCUUCAAACUUUCAUCGAUCCAUCUCACCCUCAACUUUUCAUCGCCAAAGAGUACAUCGCUUGAAUAAUUUGAGGAUCAGUGACGAAAAACGUAAUCGACAGAACGACAAGGGAAGAAGAGAAAGAGGGAAUAACAGUAUGGAUUGGAGACAUUGCAAAUCCAGAAAUGACGAUAAUGACGUUCCAGGAAGAGUUUCCAAUUAUAAAACGAGAAGAAAUGGAAAAGAAAUGGUGCAAAGUCAAAAGAGAGUAGAGAAAAGUAGAGCUUCAUCCAGUAGACACGAUUCGCAGAGAAAGGUGGAAAAGAAGUUCGGCAAUCAAACCGAUAGAAAAUUAUCAACUAGUAAUGCAAAAGAAGAAAGACUCGAAAGUGUAAUCAGAGAUCAUCCUGGUCAACUGCAGGAUGCGUUUAAUGAAUAUCUUCGCGGUGAUCACGACAGGAAAGAAGAACCGAAGAUCGAAAAAGAGAAGCCGAAUUUUGAACCAAGUGGGAAAUUGGCUGAAGAUACCAAUACCUAUCGAGGUGUUGUAAUCAAAUACAACGAACCAUCUGACGCACAUAUACCAAAAUUACGUUGGCGUCUUUACCCUUUUAAGGGCGAUGAGGCUUUGCCAGUGCUCUAUAUUCAUCGACAAUCAGCAUAUCUUAUCGGACGUGAUCGCAAAAUCGCUGAUCUCCCAGUAGAUCAUCCUAGUUGUUCCAAACAGCAUGCUGUCUUUCAGUAUCGUCUCACACCAAAGGAUUUACCUGAUGGAACAACUGUGAAGCGCAUACGCCCUUACAUAAUAGAUCUAGAUUCAGCGAAUGGUACUUAUCUGAAUAAUGAACGUAUUGAGUCACAGCGAUUCAUAGAGUUGCGGGAGAAAGAUGUGUUGAGAUUUGGAUUCAGCACACGAGAAUUUGUACUACUUAAUGAAAGGUCACAUGAUGAGGAAGAUGUGGAGACGGUGAAAAAAGAAGAAUUGUCACCUUCCUGAUGUAAUUAUUUUGAAUUUAUUUAAUGUUUAAACUGUAUUUGUGGCAUCACACACAGAAUUUAAAUGUCAGUUCAAGAUUUAAUUCAGUUUUGUAAAGUUCAUUUCGAAUUAAAGAUUGGUAAACAUUAGUUUUAAUGGUAGAAAUUUUUGAGUAGAUUCUCGGUCCAA